UUCCAGACGCAAUUAACUCCAGGCGAGGACGCCUGCAGCUCAGCAGAACUUCAGAGCGAACAGAAGCACUCAGUUGUCCGCUGCUGCUUGACACUGACCGACCCGCCGCUCUCUAUUCUUUUGCUCCGGGAGGACUAGGAUGGCGCCUCAUCCCUUGGGUGCGCCCACCGUCCAAGUGCCCCAAGAUACCCAGCAACCUUUCUCCGGAGCCUCAGACAAUGAAGUUCUCAGCUCCAAAUUCACCCCACCAAGCCCCACUCUCAUGCUGAGGGACUGCUCCGAAGCAGAAGCGGGUGACUGCCGAGGGACCUCGAGGAAGCUCCGCGCACGGCGCGGAGGGCGGAACCGGCCCAAGAGUGAGUUGGCACUGAGCAAGCAACGACGAAGCCGGCGCAAGAAGGCCAAUGACCGGGAGCGCAAUCGUAUGCACAACCUCAACUCCGCGCUGGAUGCGCUGCGCGGUGUGCUACCCACCUUCCCAGAUGACGCCAAACUUACAAAGAUCGAGACGCUGCGCUUCGCCCACAACUACAUCUGGGCACUGACUCAGACGCUGCGCAUAGCGGACCACAGCUUCUACGGGCCGGAGACCACUAUUCCCUGUGGGGAGCUGGGCAGCCCGGGAGGUGGCUCCAAUGGCGACUGGGGCUCCCUCUACUCCCCAGUUUCUCAAGCUGGCAGCCUGAGCCCUACUGCCUCGCUGGAAGAGUUCCCUGGCCUGCAGGUGCCCAGCUCCCCCUCCUGUCUGCUUCCGGGCGCCCCGGUGUUCUCAGACUUCUUGUGAAGAGACCUGUCUGGCUCUGGGUGGUGGGUGCUGGCAGAAAGGGAGGGAGCUAGAGCCGCCGAGAUGGGAGGUAGUGGAGGCUCUCAAGCAUCCUUGCUCCUUCUGGCUUUCACUAGCCGGGUCCCUGGCCCCCUUGCUGGUUCAACCAGGCUCUCCUUAAAGCUUACAGCACCCUGGCUGCUGCCCAUGCAACGCAGGCGAAAGCAGGCAUUGCAGGCUGCUGUCUUCUUAAAUCUCCUCUGUGCAGCAUCUUCAAACUCUCUUUCAAAGCGGAUAAGAAUAGUAGCUCUACACAAGGGGAGACUCUCAGACUUCCUGGUGACCCUGCCCUCAUUCACAUCUGUCAGCCUCCGACCGUCGCUUUCUGCAGGGUGGCCGAAUCCAGUGUUGGAUCUCACUGCACUGGUUCUCUCUCAUCCAGCUCCUGCUCACUCACCUCGCUCCAUAGACAAUGCUCAUCCUCUCUGCUGCCCAUCAGAUGCGGGCAGGGUUUCCGGGCCGCACCAUUCUGCCUUAAUUCACAAAGGUGAUCCUCUGCCUUCUCCUUCUGCACUUUUCAAGUUAUAGCCCUCCCCGGAAGGGGAGACUCGGUUGUGAAUGGGGAAAGCCCUGCUAUGGCUGGGAGCAUCUCCCCAGCUUGGCGCCUGCGUCUAAAACCGUGAACUCCAGGGACAGGUUCCUGGAGCACUGCU